AUUCCCACCCCUACCUCGCCGCCGAGGUGGAUCCUGUCUUCCGGUCCCUUCGCCGCUCGUGGCGGGCCCCCACCACCCUCCCUCGCCCCUCCCCUUCGUACGGUUCUAUGUUUCCAACUUCCUCCGCCUCUCUCUAAUGACGUUUCUUCGAUCGAAAGUCGCGUGCGAAAGGGAUCUCGGCCGGGCUUUAUGAGUCCGCGGCGGCGGAGAUGGGCGGAGUCACGUCGUCGAUAGCCGCCAGGCUCGCCUUCUUUCCCCACCCCCCGUCCUACACCGUGAGCGCCGACGAGCCCGGCGGCCGCCUCGCCAUCCCCGAGCUCGCCUCCGGCAGCCGCGGCGACGUCGACAUCCUCCGCCUCCGAACAAGGCGCGGGAACGAGAUCGUCGCCGUCCACGUCAGGAAUCCCCGGGCGACCGCCACCCUGCUGUACUCCCACGGCAACGCGGCCGACGUCGGCCAGAUGUUCGAUCUCUUCAUCGAGCUCAGCGCCCGCCUCCGUGUCAAUCUCAUGGGGUAUGAUUACUCUGGUUAUGGUCAAUCUACAGGGAAGCCCACUGAGUAUAACACAUAUGCAGACAUAGAGGCGGCAUAUGAUUGCCUCAGGGAACAGUAUGGAGUAGCAGGUGAGGAUCUAAUUCUCUAUGGUCAGUCUGUUGGUAGUGGUCCUACCCUUGAUCUGGCAUCCCGUCUUCCAAACCUGAGGGCUGUGGUUCUACACAGUCCUAUCCUUUCUGGACUAAGGGUGCUCUAUCCAGUGAAAAGAACAUAUUGGUUUGACAUUUACAAGAAUAUUGACAAAAUUGGUCAUGUGAAUUGCCCAGUCUUAGUCAUUCAUGGUACAUCGGACGAAGUUGUUGACUUCUCCCAUGGAAAGCAGCUCUGGGAGCUUAGUAAAGAGAAGUACGAGCCACUUUGGCUAAAAGGUGGUGGUCAUUGUAAUUUGGAGCUUUUCCCCGAUUACAUAAGACAUCUGAAAAAGUUUGUAUCAACACUUGCAAAGAAUAAUCCUACAAAGAACAGUUCAGCAAGCACAAAACCAAACAAUGAUGAACAGAGAACGCAGAUCGAAAUUGAAACGUCAGAAGAUAUGCACAACGCCCAUGACUGUUCUGAUCUCUCAAGGAAGAGUUUGGAUAGUCAGAUUGGAAAGUCAAAGAACAUAGAUCAGCCUGAGCAAUCACGGAUGAGUGUUGACAGGAAGAAAGGGAAGGGCUUGUUAUGGUGAUGACCACUUUGCCGCAUAAGCCAAGAAUCAUAGCUGGAGAGCUUCUGCCUACAGUUAUAGAAGGCUCUUCCGAACCGGCAUCAAAAUUCUCUGUCCAUGUAACUUAUAUGUUUGCUUUGAACAUAUUCUGAGUGUUGUAUUCUGACAUGAUCAAAAGAGAAAAAGCCUACACCAGAUCUAUUGAUUGGAAGGAUGUUUUCAUUGAUAGGAGCUGGCACAGGACGUGCACAUUACCGAUUCAAGUGAAAAGGGUAUUUUAAUGGAUGAAUGUGAUCUUAUGAGCU